GAAUUAAUCAAUGUCCAAUAUUUGGUCGUGACAAUUACCUCCCACACCCCGAUGCAAGAUGGCAUCAAAUGUACUCGAGAUACCUUUUCGGCGGACACAUUCGGUCGACCUCUCCUCUGCCAUUAAACAGUACAUCUCCAGCAAAUAUGACCAGUCUCCGGGCAUGUUUACAGAUGAUCUUCGAGAAAUCGAUUUCCUCCGGUCCGAUGCCAUCAGUGUUCAAGAACCUCACACCAGUGGAAUAAGGCGUCUGACAGUCUACGCCGCUCAACUGCGGUACCUGGGAGGAAAAUUCCCCAUCGAUAUUGGUGUGGACUUCCCCUGGUACCCCGCCAUUGGAUACGAUAGGGACAAGCCACUUUUGCAGAACAACAUCAGGUUCGAACUGGCGAAUGUAUUGUUCAACCUUGCCGCGCUGUACUCACAGUUAUCGACCCACACGAAUUGGACCACCGUUGACGGACUCAAACAGGCGGCGGAAUAUGGAAUUUCCGCGGCGGGGGUCUUCGCCUUCAUGCGAACAGAAAUCAUACCAGAGAUGCGAUCCUCCCCUCCCGAAGAUAUGGAUGAUGUGACAUUAGACAGUCUACAAAAUCUCUGUCUCGCUCAAGCACAGGAAUGCUUUUGGCAAAUCACGGUCAAAAAAAAUAUGUCCGACGGGACAGUCGCUAAAUUGGCAGCCAAAGUGUCGGACUACUACAUCGCCGCGGCAGACGCAUCUCGUCAGUCGAGAGCGGUAAGUAGCGAAUGGAUACAUCACAUGCAAGCAAAACACCACCAUUUUGCGGCGGCCGCUCAGUACAGACAAUCCAGGUAUUGUUUACAGAACAAGCAGUACGGAGAAGAAAUCGCUCGGUUAAAAGACAGUAUUAACUGCGUCAAUGAGGGACUUCAGGAAGCUAGAUGGGUCAACGCAACUGUGGUGGGAGAUUUGAAUGGACUCAAGACCAGAGUACAAGAAGAUCUGAAGAGAGCGGAGAAGGACAACGAUGUCAUCUACCUACAAGCCGUCACGCCAAAAUCAGAGCUGAGACUUCUCGACCGCACCAACAUGGUCGCACCAAAAACACCCGCAGAGGUAACAAAUGGAAUUUCGCUCCUCGGACAAGGACAACCGUUUGGAAAACCUCUGUUUGAGAAGCUUGUUCCCUAUGCUGUCCACCAGGCGGCGUCGAUAUACGAAGAUCGUCGAGACCGUCUGGUCAACCAAUCGAUCAUUGCAGAUCUUGAGGCCAUGACUGCGAGGGUGCGCGAAGUCCUCCAAUCACUCGAUCUGCCCGGCUCAUUACAAGCACUGGAAAAGCCACUUGGUAUUCCAGGUAGUUUGGUCUCAAAGGCCGAAGAGCUUCGUCAACAAGAUGCCCUGUAUCGCAUAAAACGGUCAAUAGAAGACACUACCAAACUCAAGACAAAUGACCUGUCAAUCUACCAAGAAGGUGUCUCGCUUCUGGAUGCCGAAAAGGCCGAAGAUGACAGGGCCCGGUCGAGAUACGGUACGGACAGGUGGAAUCGACCGCCAUCGGAAGUCGCCCUGGCAAAGCUAUACCAAAGCUCGAAAGAUCUCCAGACGUACCUGAACUCGGCAGCGUCAAGCGACAAUCUUGUACAAGCCAAAUUCCGCGAGAACGAACACAUUCUCAAAGUGCUCAGCGGCACAAAUCGUGACCUCGAGCGAUUUGUGCCUUCUUCCCGACAAGUGGAGAUGACACCGACAAUUGACCAAGCUGCAUCCCGCCUUCGCACGUGCCUGAACGAGGUAUCUCGUCUAGAGACUCGGAGGAAGAACCGCAUCAUUGCCCUCCGCGAGAAGGCGCAAGCUGAUGAUGUUGGGCCUGCCCUACUCGCCGAGGCGGCCAGACUCGAGCGAGAAUUCCCCAUGCAAAAGAUCGAACCGGGUCAAUUCGAGGGCUUGUUCGAUAGGCGGCUACAGACGUACGACUCGGACCGCGACAUCUUGGUGGCCGAGCAGGAAGAACAAGACCAGAUUGUGGCGCGACUCCGGGAGGCAAACAAGACCUUCGUCGAAGCGCGGAGAGGCGACACCAGCACGCGCGACCGGCAAAAGGCCCUGCAGGCGUUGGACACCGGGUACGCCAAGUACAAGGAGCUCAUCAGCAACCUCGAGACGGGCCGGAAGUUUUACAACGACCUGGCCGGGCACGUCACCCGGUUCAGGGAGAACUGCAAGGCCCAGGUCAACGAACGACGCGUCGAGGCCAGUCAGAUGGAGGCCGAGCUCGCGGGGCAAGACAUGGGGAGGUUGAACCUGGAAGAGACGAGGAGAGAACUGGCCGGACCGAAGACGAGGAGCCGGGCGCAGGUCGCCAACCCACAGCCACAGCCGCACGGGCAGGGGCACGAACGGGGGCCGACGGGGGGCCCGGCGGGACAACAGCAGGACGGGAUCCCGGCGCCGGUGCCGACGAGGAAUCACCACCCACCUCCCCCGUCCGUGGAGGCGGGGGUCAUGCCUUCGGCCGCCGCCGCCGCCGCCCCGGUGCCCGUGAACGUCGCGGGUGGGAGCAUCGGCGGCGGCGGGGUGUGGACGCCCGACAUGGGCAUCAGGUUCGGUGGCGCGCCGGCGAACCAGCCGGGUCAGGCGGGAUACCCCGUCCCCAGGCGUGCCUAGAUUUGAGAUCCUUUGGAAAGAAACAGUGGUCAUCGAACCAAUAUGUACGUGCCUACACGGAACGAUCCGUAGUACUGUAUGUUGGAUAAUAUUUUUCCUUUUUGCCCUCGACAGUUCCAAUGGCAGGUAUGUACUGAAUACGAACCACGGCACUGAAUGCAUGACGCGCUCUGUACUAGGUACUGCAAGGAAGCCGAUGAAUGUGUUUUUUUUGUUCACUC